CGUAUCGCGGCCGGGUCGGCGGUUAUUGCCGUAGUCAUGAACGUUUGGCGUAAGCUAAUGAGGAUUUUGGGUAUCGCCGGACGGACGCCGCGGCGGCGCAAGGCCCGAGCGCUUUUCGUCGGGCUCAACAACGCGGGCAAGAGCACGCUGUUGAAUCGCCUGAAAUCGGACCGGGAACAAGUGUCGCGAAAAAUGAUCACUCCCACUGUCGGGUUUACCGCCGGCCAGUUUGUCUGUGAGUAUUGCCGUACGAGGCCUCAGUGAUGGUCAAAUAAUUUUGCUACGGGGACAAUAAGGGAUAAGGAUAAUUUUUUAAUAACUUGCUGUUAUUAUUUAGGUAUAUCAUUUUUUUUUUCAUUUUUUUAUAAAAUAUAUAUUACAUAAUAUACUAUUAUAAAUGUUGAAGGCAAAUGAGGUCAUGAGUGGCUACAUAUCCCUUUCAUCCCCCGUCUACGUUUGAUCGCUCCCGUGAAACCUAUAGGCUACCUGGUUACGGGGGUCCACACGGCGACGAUACCAAUGCAAUACAAGUACCUAAUUAAUAUCAUGAACUAUAGACGUUUCGUCGUGUGAACAGGGCCAUAUUAUAUAGGGUGAUAAUUUUUUAAUGGACCAUCAAAAAGUGUAGGGAAGGUCUAAACUUUAAACUUUAAACUUAAUUCAUGUAUGGAAAAUUCGAUAUUAGUGUUAUACAUUUAUAAUACAUGUCAAAAUGGUUAGCAAAAUAUUAUCUACUCGAAUAUGUGUUCAAAAAGGAAGAUUCUAAGUGAAAAUAUAAAAAUAUGUACUUAUUUAAGGUAUAUGAAGUAAAUAGGUAAUAAAAAACAAAAAAAAAGUUUUGAAAUAAAGCUUAUUCCAUAAUUUAACAAUGGCUGAAAAAACAAACAGAAAUCAAAUUCACUUAAAAUCAUCCAAAAAAUUUGCUGGUUCAUGAUAAAAUGAACACUGUAUGAACAUAAAUAUAUUGUAAUGGCUAUACAACUAUUGUGAGAGCAAAUAUCACACUGUCGUGCACGCACGAUAUUGAUGUAGUUACUAUCAUGAGACUGUAAUCGUGAUAGUAAAUAUCGCCUCGUAAACACAUUAUUAUACAGCAGUGGCGUAACUGGAUAAAUAUUUUCACACGUGAUUAGGUAUAUUGAAUUUGAUUUUAUGUGAGGAUGGUCUAAUUUUUUUUUAAAUUUUUUCAACUAACAUUUUUUCUCAUCUCCUAAUUGUGGAACUGAAUAGAUUAUUUAGUAUUUUGUUAUCCUGUAUUUUUUUUUUUUUUUAUCUAAUAAUUUGUAAUAAAGUAUGAAGUAUGAAGUAUAAACUUAUCAGACUUAAAAUUUGAUGUUUUGAAAAUAUGAUGGAAAGUUUUUAUCUUUUUAUUACUAAAUUUUGAAUUCAUAUUGUUUAUAAAAAUAAAUAAAUAGGUACUUUUAAAAAAAAAUAUUCUUUCUUUUUUAUUUAUAAUCAUAAAAGAUAAUGUGCAUAAUAUUUACCGGAGUCCCAUAUACCUAGGUACUCUAGGUGUAGUCCGCGACUUACGAUUAUAGCACGUGGUUAUAGACACGGAUUUUAUAAAUAAUAAUAUAUUAUACAAUUUAUAAACUUAAAUAUUUUUGGUGCAAAAUGAUACUUUUGUAACAUCUGAAAAUUGUUUGGUGUAGCAAGUUUAAAUAUGCAAAGAUUAAUCAUUGCUAACGAAAAAUUAUUCUGAGCGGAGUUCGGUUACACAUAUUUUGAAAGGCCGUAUAAUAUUUACGAUAUGAAAAUUAAUUCCUAUUGUAACUUUUCAUACGUUUUUCCCAGUUUUUCCGAUUUAUCAUGAAAACCCCACGAAAAAUCAAAAAAUAAUCUGCUUAAAGUACUACCCCAGGAAAAUUUCCUUUCAGAAAAGUUGCUAUACUUGAAUAUCGGAGCACAAUUUCUGAUAGAAACACAGUUCAUGAAAAAAAAAAAAAAGAAUUAAAUAAACAUCAUUGUAAAACCCAUAAAUUCCUCGCUAUACGUUCAGAAUUUAAAAUACAAUAACAACGUUAACUAUACUAUAGUCAAUUUUACUAUACUGUGACAUUCACUAAAUGCAAUUUAGUACUCGAUUUAACAAUUUGCUUUAGUGACUCGGCUGAAUACUAUCCAAGUGUAAACCCAGCUUAACAUUAUAUCGAUCACCUUGUGUAAUACUAUCGUUCAAUUUUACUCUCAUGUCGUGCUUUAUUCACAAAACGUUUUUAUCGACUUUUAUUCUACUGCAAAACAUCAUGCCAUCUAAUAUCAGUCAACUAUACACGGGCGUUUUCGCUGGGGGAGGGGUAGACGGGGCAAUUGCCUCCUCUUAUUGGUUUUUAACCUAACCUUGUAGCUUUAGUACCUAUACCCGCCAUUUAUUAUUUUUUUUAAUUUUUGCUCCCUCCCUAGAAAAAUAUCUACGAACACCCAUUAAUAGUUUAUCAUCGCACAAUAGACGAUUAUCUAUCUCCCUAUACAGGUACCUGUGAUAAUUGCUAUCGAAAUAGUUGUCAAACCUACUAUCGUGAUAGUAACCAUCGGACGUGUGUAGUGUUAAAGACCAGUUAUUAAGAACUCCCUUUGUGGACUUUGAAAGGGUAUAUUGAUUUAGAUUUUAGGAACAGUUGGGAGUUUCGCUGUAUUGCAACAAUAAUAAUACUUUAUUAUUGUAUUAGGGAUGGGGAAUUUUAAUAUUUUUCGUAUACCGCGGAAAAUUCGUAUGUUUUUUUAAUAAAAAUAUAAAUUUCUAACAUUCCAAAAACAUUAUUUUAUAUAUUUUCAAAAAUAAUUGUUACGCGAAUAAUAAUUCGUUUGGGUUGUUUUUAAACUAAAUACCUAAUACGGAACGAAUAACGCUAUAUACCGUAAACGUAAACGCAUUUCCGCGGUGAACCGGAACUGCAGCUUUCCGGGUGUUUCACUCCAUUUAGUUCCGAUGAAGUUUUGUGGCCAAAACUAACACAAAAACGGACUUGGCAAUAAAUAUUGUAAUAUUAUAUUAUGCACGAAGAAGAAACAAAAAUUGUAUACAGUCGAGUGAAAUAGUUUGUGUUAUACGACCAGCAAUAAUGUGAGUUACACGAUUUAUAACAAAUAUAAAAUAAUAAUGUGUGAAAUGAUAUAAUUCUGACAAAAACCGUUUUCACUCCGCACGAUAGUAAAUAAACUGCAACGGACUACACCUUAUUCUGUCUGUUUAAGUGCUAUUUAAUGGUCGUAUAUGUAUUGUAUUUUUUGUUUUAAUUCCGAAAAUGCAUUUUGGAAGGAAAAGACGGAAAAAUGCCACUGUGACAUUUUUCUAUUUUUUUUCUCGAUUAAAUUGGCUAUAAAGAAUUUUGGCUUUUCUGUUUGAUUAAUUUCAUGCUCUUAUCUGGUUCUGGACUUUUGAAAAAUUAUUAAUUUUUAAUAAUAUCUUUGUAGUAGACGUAUGACAUUUAAGCAAUGUUACAACUGUUACAAAUUAUACAUGUUAAUUUUUGUAUUAUUUUGUACAAAUCAAACCAUGAAUUUUGUCUUAGAAAUGAGGAGAAACACAAAUAAACGUUUCAACUUAACGACGAGCUAUCGUUUUUCAAAAUGUCAUAAUACGAGUAUUAGGUAUCAAAAAUCUAUGAUUUCUACUAUAAGGUUCAUUUAUUUUCGUAUCGUGUAGUGUAUUUUCUGGUAUAAUUUUGUAUUUCAUAUUACACAUCGUCAAACUUUAUGGUACUGAUUUACACUAUACUAUUUUCACUGAAAUUUUGCGCUGAUCGUUUUCCAACCGUUUUUCUUGCGUCCAUAACACGGUCGUUUGUAUAGGUUAUAUAAACGUGUGUAUUUAGGUAAUUUGACGAAACUGAAUUACAAUAUUCUACCACUAAAAUUAAUACUUCGGUAAACAGUUUUUGAAAUUCACCCAUUGUGCCGACCAAAACUCAAACAUUUCAGACAGUUUAUUUAGCUUUGAGUCGAUCAAUAAUAUGCAAAGUUGUUCGCCCCUCUCUGUUCCCGCCGAUGGUUGGACGGUAUACUACACACCAAACGAAGUAAUAUUUUAAUACAUACCAUACUAUAUUAUAUACUAUCAUAAUAUAUACAACCCGGUUUUUAAUUCAUCAGCUAAAAGCACUCCGAAUUAAAAAUUAAAAAAUCACGUGGUAUUUGUUACACUACGACGUAGUGAUGGUUGGAUUUUACUUCUUUUCUUAAUCUCAAAAAUACAAUACAAUAAUAGGGAGUCGGCUGAAACGCUGACAGGUAAAAUAUCAAUAAAUUGAUGUCAACUGUGAAAACAUCGAAAAGAACGAAAUAUCGACAAAUAAAAGUUUAUUAUUACCAAAGUAAAUAUUGACAAAUUAAAUAAUUAAUAAUAAUAGUUAUAAUAAGAAUAUAAAAGUCAUUAUGAAGUAUGUUAUAAUAAUAUUAUUUUAGAUUCUGAUUGGAGUUAAGAAACUUAUGGUUUUACAAAGAUAUUUAUUUUUUUUUUGUGGACAACUUUUCUACCAGAGAUCUUGCUCCAAUUUUUAAGUGUAGCAAAGGAAAUCUGAAAGUUAAUCUGACUGAGAGGUAUUUUGGGAAAGUCAUUUUUUGAUUUACCAUGGAUUUUUCUCAACAAAUGAGAAUAACCAGGGGAAAACCGCUUAUGUAAUUAUUUUACCAUAAUGUGACAUAUAUAAUUGUUGAAAAAGCAACACUAUCAACUAAAUUUCACUCAGAAUCAUUUUUUCCUUAGCAAUAGUUUAUCAUUACUGCUGUUAGUACUGAAACAGAUAAAAAUUGUUCUUAGAUAUAUAAUAUAAUAAACAAUAUGUAUAAGAUUAAGUUUAUCAAAAAAAAAAAACAUUUUUUUUUUUUUAAAUUUUAUUCGCUAGUAUUUUAUUGUUAUAAACUAAUCUUUAGUCGUCACACAUUUUAUAAUUGCGGGUUAAAUGCUUAUACGCAUUGAAUUUCAAAAAUAGGCCCUGAGGUUUAGUCUGAUAGUCUGAUCGUGACUCGUGAGUAUAUAGUUAACCUAUGUUUACCUAUAGACUUACUAUGGAAAUGGACAUCUGAAUAAGAAUUAUUGUGUGAUAUUACGUCUAAUGCAGUUAUUAAUUUCAUGUAUUAUAAAUGUAGUGAAAUAUUAAAAGAACGUUACAACUUUAAAAAUACGAUUUUAGAUUAUGACCAAAUAAUUUUAUUAUUAUGUGGUAUUUGUUUCUGUCUCUGUAUCUAUUCAACCAUCAACUUUAAGGGUAGUUUUCGAUAGCAAAUUUAGUUUAGUUGGUGAAUUAUUUAGAGGUUUUAUUUUUAUUUUUCUUAAACAUUUUGGUGAAAACGGGAAAAACGUAAGAAAAUGUAUACAAAUCACUAAUUUUUGCUUACUACUGUUAUACAACUUGUUCAUUUUAAAUUUAUGCGAAUAAAAUUAUUUUGGCUAUAUGAAAGUUCUCAACAGUUUAAUAUCAAGUACAUCAUAAAUUUUACUUACAGGUUAAAAAAAAUGUAGUGCGGCUCAUUUAAUCAUUUGCCGGUAUAAAAUAAUGAGCCAGUACGCGCCUGAUUACAAGCUUUUUUAAGCUCAAAUGUUUGACGAAAAUCGUAAAAACUACUGCUUUUAGAAAUAUGUUUAACUAAACUUCGCUCAGAACUAUAUUUUGUUAGCAAUGAUUUAUCGUUGCGUAUACAGAUACUAACUAAAUAACUUUACCUUCCUAACUUCCCUCCUACAACAGUGGCACACCCAUUAGCAGGAUCAGUUUGUUUUUUCAACCCGCAAAUAGUUAAAUGACGCAAUUGUCUUCCAUCUUCUGUAUCCGUAGUGACUUCCUUAACCUCCUUGUAAACUCAAUAUCCAACAAAAUUAGUUUAUAGAAGAUUGGGGGAACUUGAGGCUCUCCCUAGUUUCUUUUCGAUUUCCCAUUACAUUUUUGUGGUUAUCCAUGCAUUGUUUAUUAUUAUUAGGGUUUGUAAGUUCAUGCAUUUGCAUGUAUUUUAUUGUUAUAUAGAAAACCACCUAUAGUCACAAAAAUAUAAACUUGAAUAGUGCAUAUUUUGGAUAUUUUGGCAGUAUAUUUCAUAUAAAUUCAGAAAUUAUUAUUUCUUAUUUACUUUUCCGAACACGUUAAGUGUUGACAAAUUGUUUUUUACGGUUUAUUUGUACUCUCGUAUUGGUUAUAUGAGAUUUUUAACAUAAUAAAGUAACGUUAUCGCUACUACUAUACGAAGCGCCGAAAAAAUAUCACCGGUAAAAUAUGGUGCGACAAAAAUAUCAUCAGUAUAAAAUGUAGUAGCAAUAUAAUUAUAAAAUAAUAUAAAAUCGCAUGCAACAAAUAAUUUAUGUAGCAAUAUAUAAUUACUAUUAACUCAGGUUUUACCUUGACAUCAGCAACAACUUUUUAUUUCAUAAAUAUGAAACCGUUGUGCAUUAAUACUCUUAUCCUUUUGUACUUUUUGUAGUUUUUAUAAUAUUUAAUGACAAUCAAAAAAAAACAAAGUUGAUAUUUUACAAGUUUCAACUAAAAAUACAAAGUAAAAUUGUUAAACAGUACAAACUAUUAUAAAUGACAAUUAUUGUAAUAGGUGGAUAAGAUAAGUAAUUUACAAAUUUUCCUCCUUAGCGAAAUCCUAAAUACGUCGCCGGUGUCAAGUUGCAUAGACGGUUUUUUAUACAUUUAACGUGAUUGUGUUUCUUUGAUACACAAUUACAGUUUAUAAUGAUCAUUUGAUCUUUAUCAUAUCACGAUUAUAAACAAAAAAAUUUUUAUCAUGCCCUUAUGUCUCGGUUCACUUAUUUAAGUAAAUUUAUAUUUUUAUUAUAGAACUAGUUGACAAUUUUGAAUGCAGUAAUUAACGCACAAUAAAAUUAGUAUGGAUAGAAAAAUUGGUGAAAAACUGAAUAAUCUAUUAUGUUAUCAUUUUAUCAAUUCAAUAAUAUUAUUUGAUAUUUAUCGAACCAAAAUAGGGACUUUCAAAUUAUCGAUCUAUUAAGAGGAUUUUUGUAGAAUCGAUACAAGUUGUUUUUGCAACAGCUAAUCGAGUUGAUUAAAACGUUAUCGGUUCGAUAAACAGUUAUUGCUCAUUUAUGCGACCCGGCAUGCCCAUUUAUUUCACUUUUAACGAUAGUUUUACAUUUACUGUAUAAUAAUAUAAUAGACCUACUAUCGUUCUUCGUGGUAUAAUGCUAUUUUUCGAAUUCAGAUGAUGGAUUUUAUGCAGCCGAAACCUAACGGCCGUAAUAAAAUAACAGUUUAAUUUGUUUAAUUUGUAUUUUCAAACGUUAUACUAAUUGUAAUCAGGGGCGUGGGUAGGGGGGAUGGGUUAAUCUUCCCCAUUUUUGAAAUCUCAAUUAGUAAAUAAAUAGGUAAUAAUAAAAAUACAAAUUUAACAAACAAUUGAAGGCCAACCCCUGUCCCAUAAAUAAUCUAUACCAACGCCCUUGAUUGUAUUGCAUUAUUAUUAUUAUUUUUAUUGUGUUAUUACGUUAUCUUGGACGAUUAUUAUCAAUUUGUAUUAUAUUUCUGUAUUGUGCCGUCGAAACAGUUAACAACGUGAAGUUCGCGGUGACCGACAUGUCCGGUCGGGACGGGUACCGGGCCCUGUGGGAGUCAAUGUACGGGCAGUGCGACGCCAUCGUGUUUGUGGUGGACAGCACGGACCAGAUGCGGUUUGCCGUGGUCAAGGACGAGCUGGACAUGAUGCUCCGGCACCCGGACGUGGCCGGCCGGCUGAACCUGCCGAUACUGUUCGUGGCCACCAAAACGGCUGCGCCGGACGCGUGCGGUGCGUCCACCGUGGCCACGGCACUACGGCUACACGAACGCCUGGAACCGAAUCGCCAGUGGCGAUUGGCCAGUACCGAUGCGAUUACCACCACCACCGUCGGUGCUGGUAUGCCGGGCCAACCCGUGGACGACGGACUCCGGGAGGCGAUGGAAUGGCUAGUCGAUCUUGUCAAAGUCUCUCAUCAUCGACAAUCGUAGGCGCGUGAUAACCGGGUGAUAUCACGUGAUAGCCGCCAUAGUAUCUGUGGUAGGUAUCACUGCGAUUAUUACGUCAUCUGUCGUGUCGUGUGCUUUUAGUCGUAUUGUUCUGAGUAUCCGUUAAAAUCGUGUAGUAUCAUUCAGUAAUGAUAACAUCAUGACUUACCGGGAUAUCUCCAGAGCUGUGCUGAGGUCAGCUUUCGUAUUGUGUUGGUAUAAAUCCACAAUGUAUUAGUAACAGUAAAAGCCACGUUCAUUUGAAAAAUCACGACACGACAAAUGUCACUGUGAUACCGAAAGUGGACGCAUUUAAAAGUUCUCGGCUGUUCGCGUUCCGAAUUGAGUAUUCUAUCAAAGGCCAUCGCUGUCAUUAAGUAUAAAAUAUAUACAGGGUAGUUUAGAGAAACGGGACAUUUUAGAAUAAGCCGUAAAUCAGAAAAAAACAAAUGAUUUGUUUAGUUUUAUUGUUAAAAAUAAAAAAUAAAUUAUAUUAUAAUAAUAAGCGUCCAAGGUAAACAUUUUCAAUAUUUUUUAUAAACAAUGUCUAUUAGGUGCACUUUUGGUUUGGAAUGUUGGGUUUGUUCCCAGGAUCAACGUUUAUUGGUUAGGUUAACCUAACCAAUAAAGGUUCCAACUCCCAAUAUCACCUGGGGGGGUCAUUGACGAAGGAAAGGCUUGUGCGUAUGAGAUUUUUUUUCUUGUGGAGCUACCUUAAAAUCAAUGUACAAAAUUGGCCCAAUAACAAUUGCCGAAUUCGAAACGAGGAUUUAAUAAUUAUUGAAUAAUUACUGAAUCCUCGUUUUGAAGCCAACCGGAAUUUCAUCUUGUGAGCAUUGUUUUUGGAAAUUGAAAUUGUUGGUUUUGGGACACUUAAUGACAUCUUAUUUACAUGUUUAUAACAGUUAUCAAUUGAAUACCAUGAAUUAUUUAACUUUAAAAUUAUGAUAUUAUAUAUAUAGAUUUGUACAUAGUACAUUAUAUUUAUUCAAUAUUGUAAAAUUUCAAUUUUAUGUAUUAUUUGACUACAUACACAGGCAAAUUAUAUACUGCCUGCAAUAUAACAGUACACCAUAAUAGGAAUAUAAUCUAAACAUGUUUCAGUUACUAUUUUAUGAAUAAAAAUCAAAUUAUUUUAAUUUUAAGUUUUAUGAUUAAUGCAAUCGUAGUGUAUAAGUACUUAUUAUAAUAUGUUACUUCCAGAACGAAUGCGACGAACUGAAAUUUCAAUCUGAACUGCACGUUUAAUUCACAUUAUUAGGUACCUAAUACUUUAUUUAUUCAUAUUAUAUUAUUAUGUAAAACACAAAACAAACGGUUAAACAGUUUUAAUACAUUUGUAUAAUUAGAAUAAUUAUAAUAUAUCCCAAUCGUCUCUCUCCUUACUAAGUUAUGUGUUGGCCAUUCUAAUUUCUGCCUUUAUCUCUCUCUCUCUUUCUCUCUCUUUGUUAAACAUUUUUACUUAAGUUAAUUAAAAUAUUUUAAAGACAAUACAAAUUAAUAAAACCAAUCUUAUACAUAUUAUUUGUGUUAUUAUUUUACUUUGUAUACUAGUUGAUAAUUUAUAUAGCAUACUACGUAUAAAUUAUUAGGAAAUCAAUUUAAUUUUAAAAAUUUCGUUUUCC